UUUUGGGGAACUGUGGUACAAGCAUGUGAGCCAGUCUCACAUUCGGCUACGUGAGUUCAGCACAUCUAUCCAAUGCUUCCGACACAGGUUCAUUUGCCUGCAGGUUGCCUAAACCACACCUCAAGAAGUACUGCUCAGGUCAUGAUGCCUUGAAAUAGCGGUGCCUGCUUGCAAGGUGGUGCCACAGAGACGUUGGGACCAACUCCUGGAAUAGGCUAUAUUUGAGAUCACCAAGGAGAAAGUAACGAUGAAAGAUCCCAAUCAACGUCUCCUGCGUGGCGGCGACAUUAAGGUGGAGCAGCUGUUUCAGGAAUUGGGUAACAGAAGAACGAACAGUCUCCAGUGUCCGGAGGCCGUCUCCGAAAAGUGCCCGCCUCCCGUCGCUCAGGGUAAGAGCUCGGACAGCUUAAACACCGUCAAACCUGGCGGGUCGUCCAGAGCCCCGAAAGCGGUCCCUCUGAGCCCAGAGCAAGCACUCAAACAGUACAAGCACCAGCUGACGGCUUACGAGAAGCUGGAGAUCGUCAAUUACCCCGAAGUGUAUUUCGUGGGGCCCAAUGCCAAGAAGAGGCACGGGGUCGUCGGGGGCCCCGACAACGGUGGCUACGACGAUGCCGAGGGGGGCUACAUCCACGUGCCCCGGGACCACCUGGCCUACCGCUACGAGGUGCUGAAGAUCAUCGGCAAGGGGAGCUUCGGGCAGGUGGCCCGCGUGUACGACCACAAGCUUCACCAGUUCGUGGCCCUGAAGAUGGUGCGCAACGAGAAACGCUUCCACCGCCAGGCGGCCGAGGAAAUCCGCAUCCUGGAGCACCUCCGGAAGCAAGACAGGACGGGCAGCAUGAACGUGAUCCACAUGCUGGAGAGCUUCACCUUCCGGAACCACGUGUGCAUGGCCUUCGAGCUGCUGAGCGUGGACCUGUACGAGCUGAUCAAGAAGAACAAGUUCCAGGGCUUCAGCGUGCCGCUCGUGCGCAAGUUCGCGCAGUCCCUCUUGCAGUCUCUGGACGCCCUCCACCGCAACAAGAUCAUCCACUGCGACCUGAAGCCCGAAAACAUCCUGCUCAAACAGCAGGGGUGCAGCGCCAUCAAGGUGAUCGACUUCGGCUCCAGCUGCUUCGAGUACCAGAAGCUGUACACCUACAUCCAGUCGCGGUUCUACCGGGCGCCCGAGGUGAUCCUGGGGAGCCGCUACAGCACCCCCAUCGACGUCUGGAGCUUCGGCUGCAUCCUGGCCGAGCUGCUGACGGGCCAGCCCCUCUUUCCCGGCGAGGACGAAGGGGACCAGCUGGCCUGCAUGAUGGAGCUUCUCGGCAUGCCCCCCGCCAAGCUCCUGGAGCAGUCCAAGCGGGCCAAGUACUUCGUCACCUCCAAGGGGCUGCCCCGCUACUGCUCGGUGACCACCCAGGAGGACGGGCGGACCGUCCUGGUCGGGGGCCGCUCCCGCCGCGGGAAGAAGCGGGGGCCCCCCGGCAGCAGGGACUGGCUCACGGCGUUGAAGGGGUGCGACGACUUCCUGUUCGUCGAGUUUCUGAAGAGAUGUCUCCAGUGGGAGCCCUCGGCUCGCCUCACCCCGGCUCAGGCGCUCAGGCACCCGUGGAUUAGCAAGCCCGCGCCCAGACCCCUCGUGCUAGACAAGGCGGCGGGGAAAAGGAUCGGGAGCCAGGCCGGCCCUUUCCAGGGACUGGGCUCCAAGCUGCCUCCGGUCGUGGGAAUAGCCAACAAACUCAAGGCGAACUUAAUGUCAGAAACCGGGGGCGGUCUACCUCUGUGCAGCGUGCUGCCGACGUUGAUUAGCUAACGGACGACGGGCCGCGUUCGGACGUGCGCACGGAUGGUAUUUUAAGUCUCCCGCCAGCCGGCCGGCGGGGCGACUCAGAGUCCUUAAGUGGAACCUGUUUUUAGUAGACUAGACUUUUGCUUUCUCUCUUUCUGUUUUUUUUCUUCCUCUUUUUUAAACAGGCCAAAAUCUUUUUACCAAGAUGAAAGUUAACUUUCCAAGGGCUAAUCACUUGACCCGCUCGUUGCAGCUGCACUGGAAUGCAUAUUAAAGUACUUUUCUAGGUCA